AUGGAGAAUUCAACUAAAAUAGUGUUUGUUUUACAAGGACUGAAUGGCGCGAUGUCAAACAAACGUACAUACUUUGCCGUCGCUCUUCUCGUUUACCUUUUUACUAUUCUAGUGAACCUGACUUUGAUGGUGACCAUUAUUUUGGAGAAAACGCUCCAUGAGCCCAUGUUUAUUUUUCUGUGUAGCUUGUGUGUAAAUGGAAUAAUUGGUGCCUGUACCUUUUAUCCUAAACUAUUGGUGGACCUUUCAUCUGACUUGAGAGUUACUUCUUAUAAAGCUUGUCUGAGUCAGAUGUUUUUCUUAUGCAGCUACUCCUUCGUCGAAUUUACUAUGUUAGCAGUAAUGGCUUAUGACCGGUAUAUCGCGAUAUGCAAGCCGCUCAGUUAUCACUCCAUCAUCACGCCUCGGAAGGUGAUAAACUUGCUGAUUUUUACCUGGAUGUUAUCCUUCUGUGAAUCAUUUGUUGUGGUGGGCCUGGUAGCCAGACUACCUCUCUGUGGAUUCAACAUUGAUAAGAUUUACUGCGCAGCCUGGGCAGUGAUAAAAUUGUCGUGUGUGGAUACCACUAUCAACAACGUAUAUGGGACAAUUCUCUCUGUUUUUCACUUUUCACAAUCCGUACUAAUCUUUAUUUCCUAUAUUAAUAUCGUCAGAGCAUCUGUGCGAUCGCAGGAAGGACGGAAUAAAUUCAUGCAGACCUGUUUGCCCCAUUUAAUCUCAUUGACCAACUUCACAGUUUCAAUCAUUUUUGAUGUCAUGUACGCUCGCUAUGGUCCCACCACCCGUCUACUGGCUCUCCGCAAUUUCAUGUCGCUGGAGUACCUCGUCGUUCCACCGAUUCUAAAUCCCCUCAUCUACGGCCUGAAAAUGAACCAGAUCCGCCGGAAAAUCUUUAGAAUUUGCAAGCAGAGUGCAUGCUCUAAAGUGAAUAUUGUGUUUACGUUCCUGUCCAAACUGAAAAGCUAUAUUUGA